CGAGUUAUUUUAGCGUGCCAAUUUAGGUUUUGCGUGCGUUUUGAUUGCAAACAUUUUUCCGCAAUUUUUUAUGAAAUUUCGUUGAAAUAAUGUUGUAAAAUUAGUUGAAAACUGUUGGAAAUAUAAAUCGCGUAGUGAACUAAACCCGCGAAGAGAAAAUAUGUUGAAAACGGUGUGAUUUGUUAGUUUUUUUUUGUGAUCCAAAAAGUUUGUCCAAACAACAUGAAGAUCUUGCAACCUGCUUGGGUUCACCACGAUGAAAAGGCCAUAUUUUCCAUCGACAUCCACCCGGGCGGCGAGAAAUUCGCCACCGGUGGCCAGGGCAACGAUUCCGGCCGGGUCGUGAUCUGGAACAUGGCGCCGGUGAUCAGCGAGGAGGCGGAGAAGAACAAACAGAUCCCGCGGAUGUUGUGCCAGAUGGACAAUCAUCUGGCGUGUGUUAACUGUGUGCGCUGGAGCGGAAGCGGCACGAUGCUAGCGUCCUGUGCGGACGAUAAGCUGAUCAUGAUUUGGAAGAAGACAGCCGGGGGUGGAAGUGCGUUCGGAUCGGCCAAGACGGCGGAACACUGGCGGUGCAUUGCUACGCUGCGGGGACACUCGGGGGAUGUGCUGGACUUGGCGUGGUCCCCGCAGGAUCAGUACAUUGCGAGCAGUAGCGUGGACAAUACGGUCAUCAUUUGGGACGCAAAGGAGUUUCCGUCGAUUCUGCAGGUGAUGAAGGGUCACACGGGACUGGUCAAAGGAGUGGCGUGGGAUCCUGUGGGGAAGUUUGUGGCGUCGCAGAGCGAUGACAAAACGUUGAAGAUCUGGAAGACGUCCAAUUUUUCCCUGUUCAAAACGGUGACGGAACCCUUCGAGGAAUGCGGUGGAACGACUCACAUCUUGAGGUUGUCCUGGUCUCCGGAUGGACAGUACCUGGUGUCUGCUCAUGCCAUGAACGGAGGAGGACCCACGGCGCAGAUCAUUGAACGAGAUGGCUGGAAGUGCGAUAAGGAUUUCGUUGGUCAUCGGAAGGCGGUCACUUGCGUCCGGUUCCACAAUGCAAUUCUGCAAAGGAUGGCCCCUAAAACGAAUAAAUCCCAACAGUAUUGUUGUUUGGCCGUAGGGUCCCGGGACAAGAGUCUGUCGGUGUGGUUGACAGCCCUCCAGCGCCCACUUGUGGUCAUACAUGAUCUCUUCCAGGAUUCGAUCUUGGACCUCAGCUGGAGUCACAACGGAUACAUUCUUCUGGCCUGCAGUGGAGAUGGCCACGUGGCCUGUCUGCAGUUCAGUGCCGAAGAGCUGGGAACCCCGUUAUCCGAGGAAGACCGUAACAGUCUUUAUCAACGGAUGUACGGCAAGAAUAUCACAGUGGACCUGAACGGCCAAUCCGGGAAGGAUUCCCUAAUUGAAAAUGCGGAACUCCUAAAUGUGUCUCAGAGCAAACUAACCGCUCCGACUUUGAUUCCUCAACAACUACCCCCAAUACCAAGUCAGCUGCCCACAGUAAGCUCAAUCCCGCAGCCACUGCCCCAAUCCACCGUUUUAAAAUCUUCUACUAGUCAAGAGACCCAACGACCCAUCCUGAAGCAAAUCGAAACCAAGACUGCCGACGGAAAACGCCGAAUCACCCCCAUGUUCAUCCCCCUCAACGACGAAGCGGAAGUCCCAACCGCCGGAACCGGCCAGUUCUCCAGUAGCAGUGCCAGCAAAAGCUCCAUCAUGACCGUCGAAACACGGCCGGAGCCUCCCACGCCCUCAACUUCGAAAGCCAACGGAAUCGAUAUCGACAUCGAAGCUUUAACGGCCCAAACGGCCAAACUCGACAGCCGACUGAAGAAAGUGACGAAAAUCCCCCCGCCGGUCCGUGCCACAAUCCCUCCGGACCCGGAAAAACCAUCCACUCAGCACAGCCCGGAGCGGACUUCCAUAACCAUCCAUCCGGUCGUUUCCGGAAAGGCCACACCCAUCCAGGGCCCCUCCGUUAAAGCGCUGGGCGACUACCGGAUCCAGGUCGUAAAUGGUGCCGUCAAGACCGGAUACGGUCCCCUGUGUCGCGUAACGGUCAACCUUCUGAGUCUGCCCCGCCCGGACAAGAAGCUCUGGGACACGGUCAUCGGAUCGCCGGUUUCCAGCUUUGCGGUGUCGAAAAAGUACGUGCUGCUGGCCAGCAUGGACGGAAGCAUCCGGUUUCUGGACAUUUUGAACGGGUCGCCGGUGCUACCCGUCAUGAGCAUGACCAGUCCGGUCAUUCAUAGUACUUUUAGUUCCGACUGUCGACUGGGAGCGAUUCUGACGGAGAACUGUACGUUGCGGGUGUGGGAUCUGAAUGAGCAGAGCAUCUUCCUGAACGGGAGCUGCCAGGACAUCAUGGGAACAAGUUUCGCUACCCUUCUACAUGUAUCGGAUCAGGGUGUUCCAUUUAUCAUUCUGUCGAACGGAUCGUCGUUUACCUACAGCAAAAAGCUGGAAAGCUGGCUCAUAACUAACUCAAUGGAUCCGAUAAUGCGCCAUGGUCUGAUGACCACCAAAGUGGGCGCUGUGGCGCGCAACUUGAAAGCAUUCCCACUGACCACGGUGCAGUCAUUUUCCAACUUCCAACCCCUGAACGCCAGGAGCUUCUUGGAUAAUCCUAACGUAGCCUGGCAGUUUGAGGCCAUGCUGGUAUUCGUGGAGAACCAGAUCAAAAUAGCCGAAACGAUCAAUUCCCCGACUGAAAUGAAACACUGGUACCUAAUGCUGGGCUACCAGCUAGCCCAGCACGGUACCGAAACGAAAAUCCGCCAAGUCCUAGACGGUCUGCUCGGAUCUCCGUUCCACUCUGGGUCCGAUUCGUCCAUUCUGGGAAUUCCCAAGCACACGUUGCUGGAGGAAAUCCUAUCGCAGCUCAGGCUGCAACCCAAGUGGCAGCGAAUCUACAUGGAGUACUCGGACCAGCUCAAACGGAGACCCCAAAGUCAGUCCAGCAUCGACGAUGUGGUAAUGAAACCGCUUGGCGACGGUCAGAUCGAGAAGCUGAAGCCCCUAAAUUUGGAGCUGUUGGCUGACGAAACUUAAACAUUCACUAACUCGCAGUGCGACAUCGAAGACAUGUGUUAAGUAUCAUACGUCUAUAAACAGGUAAUUCAUUUUUUUACAAUUUGUUUCACGUUUGUUUUUGGUUUUAAUGA